CUUGGUUCUUCAGGAGUCAUCAUGUAGACUUUGAUCAGCUGAAGCAGCGAGAUUCACACAGAACAGAACCUUCAGCUGAUCCUGAGCAAACCGCAAAAUAAAGAGCAUUUCUCGACUCUAACUCUCUUUAACAUUCAAACAGGAAAAUGGACAUUUUACUUUCAAGGCUGGUGUUGUUUCUGGUGUUGCUGAUAGUGCUGCCAUCCAGCGACUCUGCUGUAGACAAACUCAACAUGUGUAUGGAUGGAAAACACCAGAUAUCAGAGCCCAGACCGGAGGGACAGCUGUAUAAGCAGUGUUCUCCGUGGAAGGAAAAUGCCUGUUGCACAGCGAACACCACAGAAGAAGCUCAUGGGGAUAAUUCAUACCUGUACAACUUCAACUGGAAUCACUGCGGCAUUAUGAGCAAGAAAUGUAAGGAGCACUUUAUUCAGGACACGUGUUUCUAUGAGUGCUCACCGCACCUGGGGCCCUGGAUUCAGCCGGCGAGCGAGUCGUGGCGUAAGGAGCGAAUCCUGGACGUGCCGCUGUGUCUGGAGGACUGCCAGACCUGGUAUGAUGACUGUAAGGCUGAUUUCACCUGUAAAGAGAACUGGCACAAGGGCUGGGAUUGGAGCUCAGGCACCAAUCGCUGUCCCGCUAAUUCUCACUGCAGCCCUUGGACUGAGAUCUUCCCGAGCGCUCAAGACAUGUGUGAGAAGAUCUGGUCAAACUCAUACAAAUACACGACGCUCACCAAAGACAGCGGCCGCUGCAUGCAGAUGUGGUUCACGGGUUCGAACCCCAACAAGAAGGUGGCUGAGUACUAUCUGAACGGCGCGGAGACGGUCGCCAUAGCAACAGGCCUGCAUGUGAUUGUGCUGCUCAUGAUGCUGCUGCACUGACUGGACUGAUCUCUGUCCCACCGGAGAAUAAAUGUCUAAAGACCAACAUCAUGAAAGAGUGCUGAUUUUCUGUGCAUGCAUCUAAGUUUAAUGUUGUUUAAUAAAAUAAAUUUCUACAGUAAUUAUA